UGCUGUCGUGCGUAAAGAGGUGUCAUUACGUCAUCGCGUCGGUCUAUUGCCAGCCAAUCAGCGUCCAGUUUGCCGUGCGGCGCUUUCAGGACGAGACAGUCCCGUGGGCUGGUGCUAAAGUCAUGAAGAACUUCGCGUCCGUCGGUUAAGGUGUCUGUGUACGUGUGUGGUGUGCAAUCAGUGUGCCAUCAGCCAUGCCUUUGACCUGUCGGCUAAUCAGGGGUAUGCCCCGGACCACGGUCUUGGCCUCCAGUUUGUUACCAUGUCAGCAAAAACAGUCCCAGUUAACACACAUCAUUUACCGACCUGGCUCAAGACGACCUUCCCACAUGUGGCUGAGUCAGCAGCAAUCAAGAGGCUUCCAGACAUCCUCAGCACUCGGAAGCUACAUCCUCACGCCUCCACAGGUCAACUCCAUUCUCAAGGCCAACGAGUACAGCUUCAAGGUUCCAGAGUUUGAUGGGAAGAAUGUGUCAUCGGUGAUGGGUUUUGAGAGUAAUCAGCUGCCGGCCAAUGCUCCCAUAGAGGACCGGCGCAGUGCAGCCACUUGCCUGCAGACACAAGGAAUGCUGCUGGGUGUGUUUGAUGGCCAUGCUGGUUGUGCUUGUGCACAGGCACUGAGUGAGAGGUUGUUUUACUACAUAGCAGUCUCUUUGUUGCCCCACGACACUCUGUGUGAGCUUGAGGCAGCAGUGGAAGCCGGCAGGGCCCUCAGUCCCAUAUUGCAGUGGCACAAACAUCCCAAUGACUAUUUCAACAGAGAGGCUCAGAAUCUGUACUUCAAUAGCCUUCGAACCUACUGGCAAGAGUUAAUAGAUCUAACUAGCCCAGGGGAGGUUCCAGACACGCGUGAGGCCUUGUUGAGUGCCUUCAAGAGGCUGGACCAAGACAUUUCUUUGGAGGCUCAGGUUGGGGAUUCAAAUGCUUACCUUCACUACUGGGUUCUGAGAGUGGCUUUCUCUGGAGCAACAGCCUGCGUGGCUCACGUCGAUGGAUCAGACCUGUUUAUAGCCAACGCGGGAGAUGCUCGAGCUGUGCUGGGGGUGCAGGAGGAGGACGGUUCAUUCAGUGCUCUCACACUGUCCAAUGACCACAGCGCCCAGAACGAGGACGAGGUGUCUCGGAUACGGAGUGAGCACCCCCCAUCAGAGAGAAAAACUGUCAUACGACAGGACCGUUUGCUGGGCCUCCUUAUGCCGUUUCGUGCAUUUGGGGAUGUGAAAUUCAAGUGGAGCAUUGAGCUGCAGAAGCGUGUGCUGGAGUCUGGGCCCGAUCAGCUUCAUGAGAACGAGCACACAAAGUUUAUCCCCCCGAACUACCACACCCCCCCGUACCUGACUGCUGAGCCAGAGAUCACUUACCACAAACUGAGGCCACAGGAUCGCUUCAUAGUAAUUGGAUCUGAUGGUCUGUGGGAAACCCUCCACAGGCAGGAGGUGGUUAGAAUUGUAGGGGAGUAUUUAACGGGGGUCCACCAGCGGCAGCCUCUCAAAGUAGGAGGGUACAGGGUCACCUUGGGUCAAAUGCAGGCCCUGCUCGAAGAGCGGAAGGCACGCGUGUCGUCCGCUUUUGAGGAUCAGAACUCAGCAACUCACCUGAUGCGCCACGCAGUGGGAAACAACGAGUUUGGCACCGUGGACCACGAGAGGCUGUCGAAGAUGUUGUCCUUGCCAGAGGAGCUGGCUCGCAUGUACCGCGAUGACAUCACCAUCAUCAUUGCCCAGUUCAACCCUCACGUGAUUGGAACACAGAGACAGGAAGGACAGCCCUGAACCCUGAUGAAAGAAGUCUGUUCACAUGUACAGAUUCACAGGAAGUGAAACGUGGCUUUGCAGCACUGCACCACAUUCAAGAGCUGAGCUGCACUUGAUGCAAACAUCCUCUGAUGCGGUGGAAGUGACAGACCGGAAAACAGGAUCAUUUUGAUCCCAGUAGAAACAAUUAUUCACCACUUCACUCCACUACACGAAGGAACGGACGACAACCUCUUUGUCGCCGUCAUCCUAAACCUGUUGUUGUGUUACCUCAACAUACACAAAAUGCAAAGGUUGGUGUGUGUGUGUGGCAUUUGCACAUCAGAGGUAUAGGUUUACUUACAAAACCACAGAUUCACUGCUUUGUGUCUAUAUGCGUGAACUCACUGUUACACUACAUAAAAGCACACUGUCCACAAACAGGUCACAUGAGAAAAGAGUACAAAGAAUGAAUAGAUUCUGCUGCAAAACAUUGGAUUCCUCAAAUCUCUUAUCAUGCCAGUGUUCACCAGCACCGUUUCAUGACUGAUAGGAUGCUGUUACAAACAGGAUUUUGUGCCAGGACAACGACUUGGCAACCGCUCAGUUACUGUUCAAAAACCAAGCAAUCAUGACCUCCUAGUAGUGGCACGCUGUGUUUUUGGCCCACUGCUUUGAUUGUGUCACUCUUGUUUCAUUGCUGACAGAUGUAAAGUCAAAUAUUAACCCUUUUGCAACACUACACUAUCAGGAGUGGCAGUGGUGGAUCAGUCGGUAAACUUCAGAGCAACAGGCCCAAUGAACCUCACCUGCUGUGAUGAAGCCACUGUGCUUUUUUAAUAUGUGUGGGGUUAAAGCUGACAGGUUUAUGUUAGACUUUUCCUGUUUUCCUAGACUGGUCACGAUGUCCGUUACCUACAGAACCUUUUAAUAUUUCUGACAGCAGUAGUUAAAAUAGAACUAGUCCACUGUCAUGAAAACAGUAGAACGUACAUGUGGAAGAAGCUGUUUGAGUAUUGAAGAAUAUUAAUUCAGCUUUAGCUUCGUUACACGCUUCGCUACAGUUGUGUAUAUGUAAAUUGUAACUUAUGUGGCUUAACUUUUAUAAAUAUAUAUAUAUACAAUGAUUUGAAAGAAUCUCUGGUUGCACAUCAGCUGUGUGUAUGGAGGGACACAGGCUACACCGCAGUAAACAUCAAGAACCCAGCACUGUGUUCAAUGUUGCAGUCGACCUCUGUCAUGAUGCAGUUCACCACUAGAUGGCGCUGCAGCAUCACACAAACGCUUGAGUUGUGGAGGUGGAGUAUGUUAAGUGUAAAAUAAAGCUGUUUUUAAAAUCCA